GUUCUUACUCCACCCUUAAGAAGUUUAUCCACAUGUACAUGAAUUUGUAUUACAGUCUCACGAGGAGGGGGGAUGAAGACAACGCAAAGUGUGUGGUUUAUUUAAAGAAGUGUUUAGUUUAGAAGAGUAAAAGAGAGAGAGAGAGAGAUAAAGCUGAGGGGAAGGAAGUCAGAGAUCAGCACUCGACACGCAUCUUACAUAGUUUUCUAGGACAUCUCAAGAACACAGAGGAGGAUUUAUCAUAUUUUUCUUCCCUUUCCUUCCAAUGAGAAAAAUGAAAUCCAUAAUACAGAGAUCUUUUUCAAACUUCUUCUUUGAAUACGAAACUCCUCGUCAAGUUCUGGUCAGGAACAGAAGAGUUGCAGUUGUGUGCCGUAUCAUCCAGCUGGGUGUUCUAUCCUACAUAAUUGGUUGGGUGUUUAUGUAUGAGAAAGGCUACCAGACAGUGGAUACUGCUAUAAGCUCUGUCUUCACCAAGAUGAAGGGUGUGUCCUACACAAAUAUCAGUAAUGUGGAGAGGAUAUGGGAUGCAGCCGAUUAUGUUUUUCCUGAACAGGGCGAUUCGUCUUUUGUUGUGAUGACCAACUACAUUUCCUCUGUGGGACAGGAACAGGGCACAUGUCCCGAGCUACCAGAUGAGAAGAACAGGAACAAGUGCACCUCGGACACAGACUGUGAUGAGAGCAAAUACAAACGUACGGGAAAUGGGUACAUGACAGGCAAGUGUAACACCAGCACCAGUACUUGUGAGAUCUACUCCUGGUGUCCUGUUGAAGACGACCGUCAAAUACCAGACCCUCCAAUCCUGCAGACAGCAGAAAACUACACACUGUUCAUCAAAAAUUCCAUUACUUUUCGCCAGUUUAAUGUAGUAAGGAGUAACUUGGUGGAGAGUGUGGACCAGAAUUACAUCAAUAACUGUUUGUAUCACCCCAAGACUGAUGCGCUGUGUCCUAUCUUCAGAUUAGGAGACAUUGUUGAGCGUUCAGGGUUCAAUUUCUCUGACAUAGCUCGUGUGGGUGGUGCUAUAGGCAUCCUUGUUGACUGGGACUGCAAUCUGGAUCUAAGUAUCAGACAUUGCAAACCAAGGUAUGAAUUCUAUGGACUUUAUGGAACAGGGAGAAAUGAAAAAGUGGAGAAGCCAUCAUUGGGAUACAAUUUUAGAUAUGCUAAAUAUUAUAUGGAGAAUAACGUGGAGAAGAGAACACUAAUGAAGGUGUUUGGUGUACGGAUAGACAUCAUUGUUCAUGGAAGGGCAGGAAAAUUUGAUAUUAUUCCAACUCUGACGGCCAUAGGCUCAGGAGUAGGAAUCUUUGGAGUGGCGACCGUCGUGUGCGAUUUGCUCCUUCUGUAUUUACUCCCAAAGAGAGAUUUCUACAAAAGUAUGAAAUUCAAGCAUACAGAAGUCCAGGAAGCGAAGCCAACCUUGCCCCCGUCACAGAAAGAAAGAGAACUACCGAAGGAGUGAAGUCAAAGACGGCUGCCACGAUGACUGAAUAACGUUCCUGCACUGAAAACAACACCCCAACACUGGAGCAUAAGCAAGAUGACCAGACAACUGUCUAACAUCACUUUUCCUUUCUAAUGGACAUUUCCUUCCCAAACUGCUGAGAAAACAUAUCCAAUCACUGUUUUGAUUCAAGACACAUCUCCACUAUGUGUGUUAACAUUGAGAGGCUCAGGACUGUAAAGGAACAAUUUUGUGAUGUCUUUAUAUGGUUUAAAACUUUUUUUUUUUUUACAAACAGGGUAAGGUCUGGAUGUGUCAGCCAUAUACAAAUCUUGAUAUUGAAUCACCUUAAAACAGUUAUUACUUUACUGAUAGGUGAUUUUACAGGUUUUUAUUUUUGUAGCAAGUCAAACUGUGAUGCAAACUGUGACACUGAUUUUUGUGUGAAAUAAGCUUUAGAAGGUAAAUGAACCAUCCAACGCUGAAACUAUACAGCUCUAAAAGACGGCAUGAUGAUGGUUUAUGCCUUUAGAUUUUUACUUUGGGCGCACACAGGUCGCUCAACGUCACAAGUCUAUUAUUUUAUUAUUAUACACAGCUC